UCCAGGUCUGGUUUCAGAACAGGCGAGCUAAGUGGAGGAAAAGGGAACGCUUCCAGCAGUUCCAGAACAUGAGGGGCCUAGGACCAGGAUCUGGUUACGAGAUGCCCAUAGCGCCACGCCCAGAUGCUUACUCACAGGUCAAUUCUCCUGGCUUCCAUGUCCUUGGCGACUCACAUCAACCCCCAGCUCCCGUUGAGGGCGCCAUGCUCCGAAUCUGUCGCAACCUGCAGAACCUCCGCCGGGAAUUCGACUCGAGGAAGAUCGGGUGCCACCCGUCCAGUUCGGUGGGAGGCACGCCCGGUACCAGUACCACCAACGAAUCACAAGACACCAGUAACCACUCCUCAAUGAUUCAUCAAUCGUCACCAUGGGCAACGGCAGCAAACAUGGCGUCACCCCUCGCGUCCUCCAUGUCCCCGGUCGGUCAACAGCCCCAGAUGCCCGGCCAGAACCCGAUCAACAGCUGCAUGGCACCGCAGUCAACACUCCCAUCCUUUAUGGGCGUCCCUGCCCAUCAAAUGAACAACACCGGGGUCAUGAACCCUAUGUCCAACAUGACCUCGAUGACCUCUAUGCCUACCAGUAUGCCGCCCUCAUCGGGGACCGCACCGGUCAGCAGUCCGAGCUCGAACUUCAUGUCCAGCGUCGGCGGCCUCAACGCCGCAGCGUACAACGGACAGUACACCGAUAUGCACCCGACCGUAGAGGGCGUCGGAGGCGUGGAUCGUCGUACUAACAGCAUCGCAGCACUCAGGCUCAGAGCAAAGGAACAUAGUUCGGUCAUGGGAAUGAUGAAUGGUUACUCGUAAAUACUUUAUUAAUAAUAAAUCAUAUUUGUUAUUUUCACUCCGCGCGUGUGACGUCCACGACGAUUGGAAGAGGACCUCUUAGGGCGAAACCAAAUGGAAUUUCCCAUAUGGAAAACUAGCGGACAGAAGGUCCUCGCUGCACGCACGCACCCUUAUAACACGCAGAAUUCCCUUGCAUUAUACCCUUUUUUCACAAACAAAUGUGUAUCAAGGACAAGCGUUGAUUCAGAUUGAAUUUCCGCCCCCCUGAAAUGAAUGGUAACAACUUCUUCUAUCAGAUGACCAUAAUUUUUUUUACAUUCAAUUGGUGGGAAAUAUGGCACUUUAUUACAUUAAAAUCAUUAGAAACCAUCCAUAGUCAGGAAUAUGUAUUGGGAUAAUGGGUUUGGGGGACAUUUUUAUAGUACCCGGGUGGAUUAUAUCCGUCGUCACAUCGGUGGGUGGUGGUAUCAUGAAUUUCCGCCCAGAUUACAAUAAAGGGCACAUUGUAAGGCAAAUACUCAUGAAAGAGCCAUGGAGAUUGGUUAAUAAGGAAAUAGGGCACUUUUAUCAUCAAAUCAGAGGAGAUUUUCUUUGUGAUAGUGAUGUCCGAAGAGCAAACCUACACUCGUGACGGGUCCAUUAUGUAUACGAGGGGUGCAUCCUAGCUUACCACUGCAUAGCUAAGUCUGAAAAUUAAGUUUUGCUUAUUUCUUUCAUUUUAUAAUGAUGUUUAAAUGUUCAAACAACGAUAAUUCAUGAAAAUUGACUCAAAAUAUUGCGAAUCAACGCUGAAACAUUAUCUGUGUAUACAUUUUAUCCCUCUGUAAUGCUAUUUCCCCCAUAAAGCCGCAAUGGAACAUUCCGCACCACUAGUCAUACGAUGAUCGCGAGGUCUGCAAACGUCGUCUGCUAUGUUUUUACAUGUCCGGUACACUGCAUACAAGUUUUCGAUAUGCUCCAAGGGAAAUGUGUUAAUUGACCAAUCCGAAUGAAUUCCCCAGAAAAAUGAACUAAACAGAAAAUGAAGACUUAAUCAAUGAUAAUUUCCAUAUUUUCUUAUUAGCCUAAGCAUAAACAAAUUAAUUGUGGAAACAAUGAGAUCAAACUUACCAAAGCAUAUUCUCAAGCCGAUUUGGAUACCAAAUGGCAAGGGAAUUGUUCAUCUUUCUUUCAAAAUCAUGAGCACUUUUCAGGUUCGGCCAGGUUUCUUAUGAAAGCAACUUCUAUCCAGAUACGGUAUGGUGGAAUAUGUCCUGAAUUUUAAUCAUGAGAUUACAAGCUAAACAAAUGAGACCAAAAUUAUACUUGUGUAUACCAAAGUGAAUUAAAAUAAUACAAAAAAAUGAUAGAUAAGUUUAUGAUUGGGUAUACAUGGUAUAAGAGCAUUAGCCCGUUGUUGUUAUGAAAAGUACUUAAAUGUGUACAUUCUUGUAAAGUACAAUUCUCUCAUAAUUGAUUUUUUUAUAUUGCCCCCCCACCCUGACCCUUCUCACUCUUGGGGACCACCCCCCCCCCCUUCUAUGACCCCUCCCCCAUCUUUAAGCAAAUAUGCUAAGGGAUGUAUUGAGAAGUACUUUGUUUAGCUAAUCAUUAAUCUUUUUUCACCCUUAGAAUAUUGCAAGACCUAAUAAACCAUUCAUUGUUGACUCUUUUUUGUACAAAAUCAUCAUCCUAGUAUGUGAAUUCUAUAGCAAUAAUUUAUUACAAACAAAAAGCUUGAAAGCAUAGAAGCAAUAGAUUUAGAACUGUAUAGAUGUGCAAAGGUAUUGAGUUCUUGGCAUGUGUUCUGGCUCUUUCCCGGGAACCCCUCAACGGAUGAGGGAGGUGACGACUGACUUAGAUGGAAUUGAAUGAUGUAAAAAAUGAUAAUGGAUUUUUCCAAUAAGGGGAAAUGGACUAGGAUGGUAAAUAAAGGUGUAUAUAUUUUAAAUGUGAAAAGUGAAAAGGCAUUAUUGCAUGGAUGAUUGUGUAAAAGGUGUCUGACGCAACAUGCAUGAAGACUAUCUUGUUUGAAAGGUGGUAGUUUGAAGAGGAUCAGAUAAGGCAGUGGAAACUCAGUAUAACGAGGUCUCCGUUAUAACAAAGUUCUUGUUAUAUCACACCUGUGUUUCUCUUAUACUGAGUUUUUACUGCAGCACUAAAUGAUGGGGUGUCCUUUAAGAAAUGUUACUUCUUCAGGAAUGAUUACUCUCCCAGCAACUAUUGGGGGAAAUUUUCAUAUCUAUAAUUCAUAUUUCAUACUUCAAUUGCAAAUGUUUUUCUUUAUGCUCUUGUUUGCGUUCGGUAUAUGUUUUUUCAAUCCUCUCAAUGCCAGUUUCUUUUAAAAAUUCAUUGAUUAUUCUCGCAGAUGAAGAUUUUGGAAUUAAUGAAAAAAAAUUGCUCCUUUUUUCCACAGUAAAUGAAAAAUUAAUAGGACACCCCACGCAGAAUGUAUGAAUGCUGAUAGAGUCCAUACCAAGUGUAUUUGCUGAGUUAGAGCGUUAGCCUUAUGUGUGUUUUAGCACAGUGAAUGGUGUCUACCAUUUGUUUUAAUCUGUGAAAUAUUUGUAUCGCAUUUUUUUCCGGAAACAAAUUGUAAGUCACCAUCACGAAUAAAAACCAGAUCAAAAUGUAUUCAUUGAAAUUGUAGAAGUAGGAAUAGGAAUCAUAGUGUUCUUGCAAAUAGAGCUAUUCCGUUGUGCUUGAUCAGUUUUCGUCUCGAUCUUCCACUCCUGAUUCUACCGGGGUGGGGUUUGAGAAAAGGAAAUAAAGUCAUCACAACCAGAAAGCCGUCAAGUCUUGCCCUUUGUAGUUCAUGUGACUUGUUUUAUCAUAAUUUGGUUCAGUUUCAAGUCUAAGCUAAGUUGUAGUUGCGAUGAUCGGCUGGAGGGCUUACAUCCGUAAUACAUUUUUAGACUCAUUCCUUUCACAUUUGCCAUUCUUUUAUUAGUAUUGUGCCAUCUUUUGCCAAUAAAAUCAUUUGUUUACAUCUUGCCAGCUACGGCAACCACAUACCGUGAGUGUGCUAACGUGUGUUACUGAGUAUUAAGUGUGCUAGGGAUAUAUUUGAUAGUGAGAAUAUAUUUUGCACUUUUAACAGUGCUUGUUGAGGCCAAUCUCCUUGUCCACCAAUCAGAGAUCGGAUUCUAACUGUGUCAGGUCCGCUCAGUCACUAAUGGACCAAUAGAAACACCCGUUUCAACGGCUCUACAAUGCACUUUUGAUAGAAACACUUAUUUAAUGCGCACUUGGUGCUUGGUUGUGUCAUCUAUUGUUUUUUAUUUAUUAAUUUUUCAUUUGAAUCAAUUUGAAUUAAUUUGUGAAUCCUGUCCGACGAUUUUAAACCACAGAAUCAUUUGAUAUGUAAAUUAUGCAAGGCAAGUGUAGUUCUAUUUUUAUUAUUAUUGUUAUUAUUCACAAAUAACAAAAAUAGUAUUCAUGUUAUAUUGUCUAAAUUCAUUUUCAAGAGCAUCUGAGUUUGCUUCUUUGAAUUCAUUAUGCAAAUAUUUUGUGACGAAUGUUCUUAUUUCUUAAUAUCACCAUGUCUCCCCUCUUGGUAUUGUUUAUAACUAUUCGAUUGUACAGAUAUUCGUAUCAUAAUUUUGCUCUUAUCGAGUUUGUUUUGUUAUGUUUUUUAUUGAAAUGGAAUUCUUUUAUGGACCUCCAGUGCGGCAAUAAAGUAUAUUGCUCGAGGAGGAGCGGGUAGAUAACAAAGAAAGGCUGCAUAUAUUAUGUACAUAGAAGGCCACACAGUACCUGUGUGUCGUGUGCGUCUUAUACGAGUGAUGAGUUUCAAAAGUCAAAUUUCCAAACAGGGUCAAAGUUUUCUAAGCUUUUCUCAACGAAAUAUAUCUAUGACAAUAACUUGAUUUAUUCUGGCAAGGGAUUAGAAAGAAAAGUCUUGUCAGUAUCAUUAAGGAUGGCAUUAUUCAACUAUCAGCAAUAAGAAGUUACUUUGCUAAAUAUGUGGUCAUGAAUUUUAGUAAGAUCUUCACAUUUGUAUUGUUCCUUUUAUUUUCUCAAAUCAGCAUCCUUCCAAAAUGCCACCAGAAUUAUUUGAGUAUUUAAUUGUAGCAAUAAUUAGACCGUCACCAUCCUGCCAAAGUUACAAAGUAAAAAUUCAGUAUUUGUAUUCAAAUUGAUUAUUUGUGUAAUUUGAUUGUGAUGUUUACACCUUUGGUUUUCAGUGUUGGGUUUUUCUCUGUACAUUUCCCUGUGAACUGUAGGUUCGAUUUUCACAUCCAAGAACAGAACUAAUUUUCAUGUUUUUGAUGAAAUUAGCAUGAAUAUAAUAAUUGUACAGAAAAAAAUGAUGGUGAUUUUUUUUUCUGUUUGUUUGUAAAGUUGAAGAUAGAGUACAGAAGAUGAUAUUAUGUUUUUAUGUACAGAAAUGAUCUCAAUAAAGAUUAAUUGAUGUCAUUGACAAUGUGAA